AUGCUGAAGAGGAAGUUUCAUCUCCUUUACGCGUGGCACAAUGUAGAGCUACAUGUUUGCAAAAGUUCGCGGCGCCUCGGCCUGGCGGGGAGUCAUCGUGUUUGCAAGGCCCCGACUGUUUUAUGUGCUGGGAAAAUUGUGAACUACUUCAAUCCAACUAUCAAGUGUGGGGUGCAGUUUGCGACGAACAAGACAUAUGCUUCCCUGGGUGCAAAAUCGCGUGCGAAUUCCACACUGAAGCAGCAAGAGCGUCGCAAACGCAACCGGUUAUCCAUACCAAAGGAGAAGGUGUUAUGCGAGUCAGCGGUGCUCUGGCCCGUUGGCCACCUCCAGCAUCGUCACGACCAGCUCCUU